UAUAGGUGGACUCGGUCGGCACGUGGAGGUCAGUCAUCCGGUGUCGAAGUCCAAAAUCCCGCAGCGCGUCAACGAUGGCAGAGAAACUGGACCUGAUCGUCCGGUGCAUCAGAACUUUCAACGACUUCCCAUCGAAAGGGAUUCCGUUCAAGGAUAUUUUUCCCAUCCUGAAGAACCCAAAGGCUCUGACUGCAGUCAUUGAUCUGUUUGAGGAAUAUGCGAGAAACACGCACCCUCACGUGGAUCUUAUAGUGGGACUUGAUGCUCGAGGAUUCUUGUUCGGGCCGCUGCUGGCUCAGAGAUUAGGAAUAGGAUUUACUCCCAUCAGAAAGAAAGGGAAGCUGCCCGGGCCCACGAUAUCAGUCUCUUACACUCUGGAGUAUGCAACGGCUGAGGCCGAGAUGCAAGAAGACGCCGUGACUGCAGGACAGAAGGUUCUGAUCAUAGAUGACUUAUUGGCCACGGGUGGAACCCUGCAGGCAGCGUACGAGCUGGUUAAACAGCAGCAGGCCGAGGUCCUGGCUUGUCUGGUGGUGAUUGAACUCAAGGAUCUCAACGGAGCCGACAAACUGAAACCAACCACUGUGUUUUCUCUCGUAAAAUACUGAGAGCAGUUAUUCUAACAUUAGUCCAUAUUGUACAGAUGUGAUUUAUCUAAAAGUUUCAGUUAUAAGCAUAUGUCUGUGGGACAGAGUCGUGAAAAUUUUCAGAGGCUUUGCAACAAUUGUGAUUAAUUUUACUGGCUGAAAAAACACUUCCAAAUGAAGAAACUCAGAAGAAUCAAGCAAGAAAUAUUGAAUUGUGGGAACAUGUUUUAAUAUUCCUGUGCAAUUGUAAUGUACAAAAUGUGAGAGGUAGAGCUACAAAGGUGCCUUGCGUGUACAAAACUCAUGAAGAGGUCACACCAUAGUUUGCAUGAACUUAUUUUUUGUUUGUUUAUUGUACAUUUUGAAGCAUGCUGUCAAACUUGAAUAUCUUUGCGAACUAAGAUUUACAUUUUUACAGAUGCAAAAUGUUCAAGAUCUACACAGACCUGGACAUUUACACCAACAGAAAUUCCUUCAAUAAAAUCUUCAACGGA